AGGGAGGGCACGUCGGGGCCUCAGGCUUGCCCUCACCCCACCCAGCAAAGGGUCUGCUGCCCCAGAGACGCCCCUGACAAGGAGGGAGACCGAGUCACGAGGGCCCAAGCUAGUGACCCGCCACCUCCUCCUCGGACCCGGGGGUUGUGACCCCAGCCCCUCCUCCCUCAGGCCCAGGGGUCUGGCAGGGCUGAGUCCAGGCGCCCUCUCCUCUGCCCUUGCAGGGAUGCCCGGGGCAGCAUCGCACUCGGAGCACAUGGAGGCCGCGCAUGGGGAGCACAUGGAGAGCCAGGUGGAGGAGGAGGGCCUGGGGGGCCUCACAGCAGAGGAGCUGCGGCAGGGCCAGGAGGCCGCCCGGGCGCUGGAGGCCAGGAUGGCGCUGAGCGCCCAGAGCCUGGUUCGGGCCGAAGUGGAUGAGCUCUACGAGCACGUGCGUGCCCUGGGCCAGGGCCGCUUCGGCCGCGUCUCUCUGGUCACCCACCGGCAGGAAGGCACGGUGCUGGCCCUGAAGCAGCUGCCGAAGGCCUCCACCACGCUGCGCGGCUUCCUCUACGAGUUCUGCGUGGGCCUCUCCCUGGGCUCGCACGCGGCCAUCGUGGCGGCCUGCGGCGUCGGCCUGGAGUCGGCCGACUCCUACAGCUUCCUGACUGAGCCGGUGCUGCACGGCGACCUCAUCGCCUACAUCCGCCCCAAGGUGGGCCUCCCGCAGCCGGCUGCCCAGCGCUGCGCGGCCCAGCUGGCCUCAGCCCUGGAGCACGUCCACUCCCUCGGCCUGGUGUACCGGGACCUCAAGCCUGAGAACGUGCUGGUGUGCGACCCCGACUGCCGGCGGGUCAAGCUGGCGGACUUCGGGCACACGCGGCCCCGGGGGACCCUGCUGCGCCUGGCCGGGGCCCCCAUCCCCUACACGGCCCCCGAGCUCUGCGCGCCCCCGCCCCUUCCCGAGGGGCUGCCCAUCCAGCCCGCCCUGGACGCCUGGGCGCUGGGUGUCCUGCUCUUCUGCCUUCUCACCGGCUACUUCCCCUGGGACCAGCCGCUGGCCGAGGCCGACCCCUUCUACGAGGAUUUCGUUGUCUGGCAGGCCUCGGGCCAGCCCGACCACCGGCCUCGGCCCUGGCUCGGCCUGACGCCCACGGCCGACAGCCUGCUGUGGGGGCUGCUGGAGCCCCAGCCGCGGAGGAGGAGCCCCGUGAGCUCGGUCCGGGGCUUCCUGGGGCGGCCCUGGAGGCAGCGGGAGGGGGAGGCUGAGGAGGUGUACCUCGGGGAGGACGAGGACUCGGGGUGAGGAGGGCGGGGCGGGAGUGCCCCCUCCGCUUUGGGGGGCGGCUCUUGGCUGCUCUGCCGUCUGUCUGCCUCCUGUCCUUGUUUCCCACCUCACCGUCUGUCUGCGGCCUCGCCCGGGGGUCUCUGAGCGGCCCCGUGUCAGUCCGCACCCAUCCACCUUCCCAGCCGCGGCACCCACGGCCCCCAACCCCAAAUCAGCCAGGCCGCCCCCGCCCCUCUCCGCUGCCCUUCCUCUGUGACACUCCUUCCCGUCCAGCCACAUGGCUGCCUGCAUUACCCAUCCCGGUUGUUCUGUGUCUUCUGCCGGAGUGUGGGCUCCCAGAGGCCCGGGGUCUCGCCGGCAUCCCCUCCGGUGGAGCCCACGCACAGGAGCGAGCGUGCCCGUGCAGGCGGCCCACAGAUGGAGUGCACGGCCCAUCCCUCCGGUUUUGCACGGCCCUCCUGCGCACGCCUGUCGUCCUGCCCGCGUGUCUCCGCUCGCUGGGCGCCCUCCACUCCCCGCCUCACUCCCUCUGCCCCUUGUCCCACCAGCUGGGUCUGUGCCCUCUUGGUAACGCGUUUUUGUCUUUCUAACUCCAGUGGCUCUCUGCAAAUAAAGUCCUUCUGGUACUUA